AAAAAAAUAACCAAAUAACAAAAUUAAUUAAACGCCAUAAAGAAAUAAAGUAAAAGUUAAAUGUAAAAGAAAAAUUGAAAAAUUGAAAAAUAAAAUGCAAAUUUCUAAGUGAAUUCAAUAAAAUGAAGAUCGUUUAAUUAUGGCCAUAAAAAUGACUAGUGUCAUCAGCGUAUGAUGAAUUUCUCAUUUGCCCUACAGAGGAAUUUAUCAUCCAAUAUUUCAGAUUGUGUUAACAAAAACACUUCUCUCUUUCUCUGUCUGUCUCUGUACUCUCUUCUAACACCAACUGCCAACAAUAAGAACAAUACACCAAACAACACGCACAGAAUUCUAUACAAACGUCAAAUAAACAAUGAAAUUGUAUGCCACAUGCCAAUAUAAAUGUGGUGACAACAAACAGCUCAACUGUAAUUACAAUUGUCGUUUAGGCCAUGAUAAUAUGGCCACUGGUAGUGGUGACUACCCUGACAAUACAACGAAUUCACCAUCACCAUCAUCCCUUUACAGUAGUUGUCCCCAAUUGAAUCAGUAUCGUAGUUUGCCCCGAAAUCUUUUCAGUGCUCUGAGACGUCAGCAACAACAACAACAGCAGCAGCAACAACAUCUACAGCAGCAACAAUAUCAGCAGCAGUGCCAACACCAACACCAGCAACAUUUCCAGCACAAUUGUGGCCACUAUACCCCCAGAACGAAUUCGGAACAGGAACUAAGAAGAUCAGCUUUAAUCAAAAGCACAAAUAGUAAAAAUAAGAAUAUAAUUUUAUGCAGCAAAUGUGCAGUGUGACGAAGGUAUAAUCUUAGUUGUGAACAUCCUCCACAGAUUCCCAGCAGAGCAUCCAAACCAGCAGCUACCAACGAUUUCCCUACAAACAUACAAAAAUCUCUAAGCGAACAAUCUGCUUUGGAAUUGACGUUGCCCGCACCCCCGGGAUUUCGGGACAUUUCAAUAGCCACACCUGCCGCUCUCACAACACAAAGAGUUUUGUGUGAAAACUGUCGUUACAACGAUCAACCGGUUGUUUGGUGGGUCUCGUGUCCACGUCUGGCCUACCAACAGGGCUCCACACAAAGUCUCAAGGAAUACACCUCAAAGACUUCACCCUUUGUGACGGUGGUGCCAGAACGAACCAGCAACGAAUUGGUUACACCUCACAGCACACUGGAUUCGCACAGAUCGACUACAUCAUCAUCAUCAAACAUGUUAAAGAAACCCCUGGUGAAAUCAAGUGUCCAAGCAACAGCAAUUACAUCAACUGCCGCAACCACAGCUACAGCUACAACACAGGCAGCCAUAGCAGCAAAUCAAGCAUACAAAUGUAACACGUCUGUGACAAAUGCAACUCCAUCGCCGCCACCACCACCCCUAAUGAGAGCACAUCAUCAUCGCUCUAUAACAGCAUUGCCAGCAAUUGAUUUGUACGAUAAUUAUGGUGCCUCAACACAUGUUCCUUCUAACAACUUUAAUACAAUGUCAUGCCGACGACAUGCCAAACAACAGCAGCAGCAAUUGCAACAACCCAUACAGCAUCAACAUCAUUCACACCAGCCGCCUCAAUCACACUCCCAACAGCAUGCUCAUCAGCAUCAGCAUCAACACCAACAACAGCAACAACAGCAGCAAUAUACGUGUUGUAGUUCCUACAAUAUAGACCAUCAUAAAAUGCAAAUGCCUUCUUCAUGUCUGUGUGGUAAACUCUACCAUCAACAGGUGCGACCUCAAGAAACUCUGGCGCCACCUCCACCAGCAACCCUGCAUACAGGCAAUCGUGGCUGUAAUCAUGGAUUUUAUUAUGCUCCCGAUUCUUGUGUACACCAGUAUGAGGAACAGGACUCUGGAUUUCCUGGCUUACGGGAUCAAGAAUUCUAUCUAUUGCAUCGUAAUAUACCAGCUUUAAGACGUACUGGCGUUGACACUAUUGGCAUACGGCAGCAUUUCUAUCCUGAUGGCGGUUGGGGCUGGAUAAUUUGUGGCAUGUCUUUUUUGGUGCAUAUUCUAACAACCGGCCUGCAAUUGUCAUACGGUUUGACGUUGUUUUAUGCCGUUCAGCAUAUACAGAAUGCUAAUGGAAAUGAAUGGUUGGGAGCGCUGAGUUGGUCGAUAUCAAUGUUAAUUUCACCAUUUGUGGAGACUAUCUGUCGUCGGAAAUCUACUAGACUUAUGGCUGUGGUAGGCGGUUUAAUUCUAUCCUUAGGAAUACUAUUUACAUCAUUUGCCACCGAGGUGGAUCAGGUUAUAUUCAGUUAUGGUUUUGUGUUUGGAAUAGGAGUGGCAAUGGUACGUGAAACUUCUACCAUAAUGCUGGGUAAUUACUUUAAGAAAAGAAGACUUUUUGUGGAAAUGGUGGCCAUGUCGGGUGAGGGUGUGGGUAUAGCUUUAUUUUCGGUACUAUUAAAAGAAGGAGUGGGAAAAAUGGGCUGGCGUUGUGGUUUACAAAUAGUGGCGGCCUUAACUUCUAUAAGCUUUUUUGUGGGUCUUUUAUAUAGACCCGCCUCCCUGUAUCAUCCCCAAAGAAGAGCCAUACAACAUUUAAAGAAUCAAAGGAAAAAGCUACGAGACCAUAAAAACAAUAAUCCUCCCGUGGAGCCUAAUAUUUUAAAGAAAUUAUUACAAGACAUAUCAAAUUUGAAGUCGGGCACGGUGAAAAUAUUAUUAUUGACCUCAGCGGUGGCCGCCUUAGGCAUAUAUACACCCAUGUUUACCAUGUCUUUAAAUGCUGCCAAAGAGGGAUCCGAUGUUCAAGAAUUGGUGCUAUUACAAACUAUGCUGGGCAUGUCUACCACAUUGGGAGUGGUCUUGGCGGGGGUCUUAAUAAGGCGGCCGUUUGUUGUACAUAAUUUUGUAUUGUCUACACCCAUAAUAUCACAGGUUUUCCUGGCCACUGUGGCCCUUUCGAUACUCUUCAUGUCAUUUGUGAUGGGCUACAAAGGCCUCUGCAUUCUAUCGGGUAUUUAUGGUGUGGGUUUUGGUGGCUUUCGUUUUUCUUUGAAAAUGUUGGCCCUGGAAAGAGUCAAAGUGAAAUUCUCGAAAACCUGGUCUUUCGUAAGAGGAAUUGAAGCCAUACCAGUGCUGAUAAGUGUACCUUUAACCAUAUUCCUCAACGACUACUCUCUAAAGUACGGACGAGCUGGUUACUAUAUAUGUUCAGCUGCUGCUGCUAUAGCCGCCAUUAUAAUAUUCUUCAUAGGUUACUCAACAUACCCACACAAUCCUUCACAAAGGUCGAAUAUGAAUGGUGCGGCGGCGCCGACUACACCGCGCUUGCGUUCCAUGUCCACGCAAUAUAUUAGGCAUCAGCCAGCAUUUACGGUGGACUAUACGAAAAGCAAUGGCUGUGAUUAUCCGGCCCCUGAUCUAAUAAAUCGUAGCUGUAUUAGUUUAAAUCAAUUGGGUGCUAGUUCUUCCUGCAUGUGCGAACCAAUGAGGCCUAUGUGUAAUUGCCAUCACCAUCCUACACCCUCUCAGCAGAGACGGCAUUUUAUGGGCGAUGUUAGUAGAACGCCAGGUGCUGGAGCUUUACAAACAGCUGACAUGCAGGCCCAUGAUCAUCGUUAUCCCUAUAUAUAUGACAAUGGUACGGGCAACUAUUUGCGACGUAGUCUUUCCUUUAUGCAAAAUGCCAACUGUUGUGGUUCCAAUCAAUUUCAGUUGCAAUGUCAAGCCAAUGUACAAUGGUCUAAUAGAGAUUUAAGAAUUGAUAAUGCCCAGCCUUUGCUGUGCACUUGUAGUCCUAACAGCUACUUUCAAAAUUGCAAAAGUCAAAGUGUACCCGAGGGCCUUUCGACCAUGGCGCAACAGUGCAAAUGUAAACCCCAGCCAUCACGCGAGUACAUCUAUGUGCCCCGCCAAUUAGCAGCCCAGCAACAGCAGCCGCAAACUCAACACUGUUCCUGUCAAAAUUUGGAUAAAUCUCUGGCCACAGCCACCACCACUACCACCACAAUAUCAGCCUCCAAUCAAUCGCGAAACAUUUUUAAAGACACUGGACCAGCACAUUCUACUGCUACAAUACCUAAAUGUAAACUCAAACGUUCACAAUCCCUGUCGAGACCUAUUACUUACGUUGAACAAAUGACCACAUCAGUGUAGUUUAGUUUUGUGUGAAAAUUGUCCUUUCGAAUCGAAUACCACUUAACACUAUCACUACCAAACUACUUAGUAGAUCUAUUUAGAAGAAUUACCACUUUUACAUUUUCUAGUCCUUUAUUUUUUACUUGAAACUUUUCAUAUUUAGCAUAGAAAAAAUUAAAACAAAAAACUCAAUCAAAACCAACUGAAAGAAUUUGUUUACACCUUUAAUCUCCACAUACACCUACCUACACAAACAAUACCUAAACACUUUAGAAAGCACCUUUCACCUUUCUAACAACCACCCACCCUAUCUCUAUGACUCUCUCUAUAUCACUAUCACUAACACCAUAUUUUUGGAUUAAAAAAAAAUUUAAAACAUUUUACACUUAAACUUUUUAAAUCGUAAAUCUCGAAAUUUUUUAACUUCUACACUUAGAAAAACCAAACCACAACAACAAAUUGAAGCAAUCUCUUUUCCCCAGUUACACAUACAACACCUUCCCCCCCACAUUUUCCGCCUUAGGCAAUGGAAUGUUUAAACAACAAAUCUUAAUAAUUAAUAAAACAAAUAAAUAAAUAAAUUUAUUAAUAAUUAAAACGACAUAAGUCCAGGUUUUUAAAUCCACCGAUUAUAUGAAAAAAACACAUAAAUUAAAACAAACAAAAAAUCAAUGAUAGAAGUUUUUAGUAUAAAUAAACAAAAUGUAAAGAAACAAACAAAUUAUUAACAAAUCUCAAACGUUUUUAAACAAUUUUGCAUACAAAUUAUAGAUUGAUUAGAAAAUAAAGAAGAGAACUACUGUGUGUCUUCAUGUAGGAGAUUUAUUAUGGAAAACUAAAUACAAAAAAAAACUUAAAAUUGAAUUUUUCUCAAUGUUCAAAAUCAAAUUUACUACAUAAAUAUUAAACAAAAAAACAGAUAAAUCAAACAACAAUUUAAUAAAAUUUAAAUUUAUUUCUUUUGUUUUUAAUUAAGCAGGAAUGAUGUACUUACUAGUUUGUCAGAAUGAUGGGAAUAGGUGAUACUUUGAAUAAAUUUAUAUUGUACAAAUGUUUCAAAAUAAAAUCUAAAAAUUGGAAAAAGUAUCACAUUUUUAAGUAAUAGUUAUACCCAACAAUAAAAUAUUUAUUCAAAAUUAAAAA